CCGAGAGGCCCAAGCGUGCUUGCAUACAAGUUCGCGACAAGUCUCUGCUCCACCCUCCACGACUAUGCCACAUGAGAGGGGGUCUCACUGAGUCUUCCAUCCUGCCUGUUUGUCUGUUCCGCUCCGUCAUGCAGGGCAAGAACCCGUCGCUUUGCUGACCUAGUUCUCGCCAUGUCCCGCUUCCUAUCAGGAACCAGACCGUGCAUGGUCAUCUCGCUAUCACAUGUGCUUGCUGUCCAUACACGUGCUGCUUCAAAGACUGUCUGGACUCAGUCUGCUCCUGAAACUAUUACUCAACACUCCGUGAUCCACUCUCGUCUCAUCAUAGCUCUACGACGAGCAACUGUGUUUAGUUGGACAUUGAUCUGGCAGAGCUGGUGGCUUUUGAUUAGCGAGCGCGAUAUACAAGAGACUACACGGCUCUGCUGACGUAGCAAGGCGGUGAGCACCUGUGUAGCCACUUCCGUGC